AUGGGUAGAUUAGUCAGACUUGAAGUGGAAAACUUCAAGUCGUACCGUGGAUUUCAAGUAAUUGGACCGUUCUACGACUUUACUUCCAUUAUUGGUCCAAAUGGUGCAGGAAAAUCCAAUUUAAUGGACGCGAUUUCGUUUGUCGUUGGUAUAAAAUCGUCGCACUUGCGCUCGUCAAACUUAAAGGACUUAAUCUAUCGGGGAAGAAUACUUUCUAGCCAGUCUCAAGAAUCUUCGCAAUUAGAGCAGUCACCUCAGUCUGCCUUUGUUAAACUAGUAUUCGCGUUGGAUGAUGGACGUGAAGUUUCUUUCAAACGGUCAGUUUCUGCAGCUGGGGCCUCUGAAUAUAGCAUUGAUGGUCGUACAGUGAGUUUUUCGGAGUAUACGAAAGCACUUGAGGAACAGAAUAUUCUUGUCAAGGCGCGCAAUUUCCUGGUUUUUCAGGGUGAUAUUGAAGCAAUUGCGGCACAAUCGCCCGACGACUUGUGUCGUUUGAUUGAGCAAAUCAGUGGUUCUUUAGAGUACAAACGUGAAUACGAUGUGCUAAAAGAAAAGCAAGACCAAGCCGUUAGUCUUUCUGCACACACUUUCAACAAGAAACGUGGUGUUAAUGCCGAACUUCGGCAAUAUCAAGAUCAAAAAGCUGAGGCCGAGCUCUAUGAAACGAAGAAGGUGCAGAAAAAUGAAGCUGAACUAGUUUACACGCUGUGGAAAUUAUACCACAUCGAGCAGGGCAGUCGCACAACUUUAAAACAGAUUGAUGGGUUGAAACGACAACUCUCAAAGGCAGUGAAGAACUGUGAGAGUCUACAAUCAACACUCAACACUUUACGGAGCGAUGAGGGAAAUGUUCAUCGCAAACUUCUAGCAAUCGAUCGCAAGAUUCAAACAAAAAAAAACCAGGCCUUCUCGCACAGACCUGAAGUCCUCUCGUUAGCAGAGCGUUUGGCUCGAAGCUCCACGAAUGUGAACAAAUUGCGGAUCAAACUCGAGGAAGUUGAAAAAGAUCACGUCGCUCAGCAAAAUACAGUUGCGCUUUUAAAAGACCAAUUGCGAGCGCUUCAGAUGGCCGAAGAACAGUUUCUUAAUGAACUGAAAGAGUCCGAGAAAUCUCGCGGUAUUCAAUUCACACCCCAACAAGAAGAGACGUACAAUGUGCUUCGUCAAGAAGUUGACGCGAAGAAUUCACUUCUUCUGCCGGAGGUGGAAGCCAUGAAUCGGCGCAUUAAAAAGGAUUCUCAACAGCUCGUAUCUAUUAGUGACAACAUUAAAGGAAUCCAAUCUAAACUUCAAGGUUUAGAUGAGCAAAUUAAUAGUCUUCAGGCUGAAAAGGAACUCCUUACCACGGACGUGAAUGACAAGUUAUCGGCUUUAGAGUCCAAGAAAGCCGAGCAUUCUCAAAAACGUACAAAACUCGUCCAACUUACGCAGGAGGAAGCCAUCCUUAACGAAAAAUUGCAAGAAUGCUUGAGAAAAUUGUUGGAGGUAAACGCCAUGUCUCAUGAAUCACGACGUGAAACAAAAAAGAGAGAUGCUCUCUUUUCCUUAAAGCGUAUUUAUCCAGAAGUUAAAGGACGAGUUGUUGAUCUCUGCAGACCCACUCAAAAGAAGUAUGAAACAGCUAUUGCAGCCGCGCUUGGACGGAAUUUUGAGUCUAUUGUUGUCGAAUCGCACACAAUUGCUAAAGAGUGUAUCAAUUACAUUCGUGACCAGAGAGUUGGUGUAAUGACGUUUUUGCCAAUGGACACAAUUGCGGCAAAGCCUACAAAUCAGAACCUUCGUGGUGCUUACACAGGAGCCCGACUGGCAAUUGAUAUAAUCAACUAUGAGUCGGUGUAUGAACGUGUCAUGGCGAGUGUCUUGGGAGACACUCUCAUUUGCGAUAACAUGGACAUUGCUCGAGACUUAGCUUAUAGACGGCAUGUCAACUCAAAAGUUAUUACGUUGGAGGGCACGGUUAUCCACAAAACGGGUUUAAUUAGUGGUGGCACUUCUCGCAAUAACAAUCGUCAUUGGAAUGAUCAAGAGGUUGAAACUCUCAAAAAUACUCAAAAUACUCUAAUGGAUAAGAUUGCUCAGAUUCAUGACGAAAAGUCGAGUAUUUCCACCCUUGAAAACGAGUCGAUGCAAUUACAGCACAUGCAAACUCAACUUACUCUUGUGCGCGAUAAUCUCAGUUCCGUAAAUCGUUCGUUAGACGACAAAAAGACAGAACGCGAGCAUGUCGGCUCCCAAUUAACCAGUCUUAAACCCAGGGAAGGACAAUUACGCCAACAAUUGGAGACUUCAAAAGCGCAUCUUUCUGAGUUGGAGCGGAAGGUCGAAAUGGUUGAGGAUAAUGUUUUCGCCAACUUUUGUGAGGAAGUUGGCAUUUCCUCAAUUCGGGAAUACGACGAUUACCGAACAUCGUUUGCGCAGAAGUUUUCUGCUAGGAAACUGGAGUUUACGACACAAAAGUCGCUUGUACAAAAUCAACUGAGUUUUGAGUCUCAAAGACUUAAAGAAACAGAGCAGCGUUUGCAAAAGCUGAAGGGUUAUGUCGAGAAGGAAGAAACCGCUGCCGUGGAAAUGAAAAAGCAAAAGGACUCCUUGGAGAAUGUUAUUGCUACGAGCGAAGCUGAGAUGGAAUUGCUUCGUGAGGAUUACAAUAAAUUAAAGCAAGACAAUGAAGAACUUUUGCAACGUGUUGCUUCCGAGCGCUCACUGCUAAGUAGUAAGGGAAGCGAACAAAAUAAACUGUCUGCAAAAAUAAAUACCUUGAAAGCAUCUAUUGAACGUUGUCGUUCAGAUUGGCAAGGUGUUUUGCGCAAGUGUAAAUUGGACGAUUUGCAGAUACCGUUACUUCAAGGAAAUCUUGAUGUUGUUCCAAUUGAUGAGAUACCAGUUUCGAACGAACCUUCGCAAACUCAGACCGACAUGGACAUCGAUUCGGAAAAUGGUAACCCUGUUGAUAGGUAUGGCAUCGUUGUAAACUACGAUGCGUUAGAUGAUGAGCUUCGCGAAGACGCUUCUGAAAGCAUGGGUAACGUCUUAGAGGAUAAGAUUAAAGAGCUGGCGCAAGAGAUUGAACAAAUGUCACCAAACAUGAAAGCGAAUGAUCGACUUGUAAGCACGGAGCAGCGUCUUGACGAACUAGAUGAUUUGUUCAACCAAGCACGGCAAGCUGCGAAGGAGACGAAGGAAAAGUUUAACACUGUGAAAAAGUUGCGGUUAGAGAAGUUUCUCACAGCUUUUAAUCACAUUUCUGAACAAAUUGAUCCCAUUUAUAAGGAAUUGACAAAAUCAAAGGCAUUUCCCAUGGGCGGUACCGCGUACUUAACCCUAGAUGAUACAGACGAGCCAUACUUGGGCGGUGUUAAGUUCCACGCGAUGCCACCUAUGAAGCGUUUCCGAGAUAUGGAGCAGCUUUCUGGAGGUGAGAAAACAAUUGCAGCAAUGGCUUUGUUAUUUGCUAUUCAUUCUUUCCAACCAUCUCCCUUUUUCGUUUUGGAUGAAGUUGAUGCUGCUUUGGAUCAAGCGAAUGUUACACACAUCGCAAAUUAUAUUCGUGAACAUGCGUCGCAAGGCUUCCAGUUUGUGGUUAUUUCUCUUAAAAACCAACUAUUCAGCAAGUCAGAGGCGUUGGUUGGUAUUUAUCGAGACCAAGUUCAGAACUCCUCUCGCACAUUAACGCUUAAUUUGGAUCAAUAUCCAUUGUAA